AUGUGGAGACGUUUCGGGUGUGCGGCCGUUCGCCGUGGCGGCGUGCGACUUCUGUCGAGCAGCAAGACAAAUGCCAUCCCCCACCAGCGGAUCGUUAGAAGAUCUCUUACAUCUGCUUACGCAGUCGCUGGCGUUGGUUUAGCGGUUGUAGCAGUUAUCAGCUAUGACGGACGACAGCAAGCGGUGAGUCUAGAAGCACGUCCAGAAGUGAAGAACGUCUUGACGCGAAACUUUAUCGCUGAUGCUGUCGAGAAAGCCUUUCCAGCUGUAGUCAACAUUUCUGUGGACUCAGGUUACAUCGGCAGCAAUGGUUCGGGGUUCAUCAUCACGAAGGAAGGUUUGAUCGUAACAAACGCUCACGUUGUUGCGCGAUGCAAUCGUUACUCCAAAAUUCAGGUGACGGUCGCAAAUGGCAGCACGUAUCCUGCUGUGAUCCACAGCGCGGAUCCUCUUUCAGAUAUCGCUCUUCUCCAGAUACAGUCGGACGAAGUUGAAGAGUGGCCUAUGAUUUCGAUCGGAUCGUCGACUGAGCUGCGUGCGGGCGAAUGGGUGUGCGCUCUCGGUAGUCCGUUCUCUUUGCAAAAUAGUGUUAGCGCUGGCAUAAUCAGUGCUGUUGCUCGCCACAGCAGCGAGCUGGGGUACCCACAGAGAGGUGGCGAAUACAUCCAGACGGAUGCGGCUAUCAAUGCUGGAAAUUCUGGUGGUCCGCUCAUCAAUCUGGACGGCAAAGUGAUUGGUAUCAACACAAUGAAAGUGGACGGCAGCGUGGGCAUCUCCUUUGCCAUUCCAGCGGAUACGGCAGUGCAGGUGAUUCAGCAGCUGCGCAAGCAUAGGAAAGUCGUGCGCCCGUACAUUGGCAUGCAGAUGAUCAACUUUAGCGCGCGAGAACUGAGAGAGAUCGGUCGGAUGUUCCCUGGUGUGAAGGAAGGUGUGAUUGUCAAGUCGGUCGUCCCUGGUUCGCCUGCCCAAAAAGGAGGUUUACUGCCUGGCGACGUGAUUGUCUCGUUUGAUGGGAAGAAGGUUCUAAGCACCAAGGACAUUUUGACCACGGUGGGCUAUAACAUCGGGCGUCACAUUCCUGUACAGGUGAAGCGCCGAGGGGAGAAGGACCUUGUUGAGCUGCAGGUCACGACUGAACCUCUGCCUGCUCCAGUGCAGCAGUUCAGGGGCUAA